AUGUCUGCGGCAGCAGCGGCGGCAAACGGCGGGGAGGGGGAGGAGCUCCUCCUGCUCUCGGCCGUGGAGGCUGGCCGCGGUGGCGGCGCGCCCGCCGAGGCGGAGGAGUCGUGGCGGCUCAACUUCGAGGGAUUCCGACCGCCGGAGGUCCACCAGCAGAGGCCGCCGACCGCUCAAGGUCCUGAGGAUGUUGUUGCUGAGUACUACCAACAGCAAGUGGAGAUGCUGGAGGGUUUUAGUGAGAUGGACACACUUACAGAUCGUGGUUUCCUUCCUGGAAUGUCCAAGGAAGAACGAGAAAAGGUUGCCAGGAGUGAAACAUUAGCCAUACGGCUGUCUAACAUUGCAAAUAUGGUUCUCUUUGCUGCAAAAGUGUAUGCUUCAGUAAGGAGUGGCUCACUUGCUAUUAUGGCAUCAACUUUGGAUUCUCUUCUAGACUUGUUGUCAGGAUUUAUCUUGUGGUUUACUGCCUUUUCAAUGCAAACACCAAAUCCCUACAGAUACCCAAUUGGAAAAAAGCGUAUGCAGCCGCUGGGAAUACUUGUUUUUGCUUCUGUUAUGGCAACCCUUGGCCUUCAGAUAAUUCUAGAAUCAAUACGCUCAUUGGCGUCUGAUGGAGAUGAAUUCAGCUUAACAAGUGAUCAAGAAAAGUGGCUUGUGGACAUCAUGCUUUCCGUGACAUUGGUAAAACUUGCCCUGGUUAUAUAUUGCCGCUCAUUCACCAACGAAAUUGUCAAAGCAUAUGCACAGGAUCACUUUUUCGAUGUCAUCACAAAUGUAAUUGGCUUGGUUGCUGCACUACUUGCCAAUUAUAUUGAGGGCUGGAUCGACCCACUUGGUGCAAUCAUUCUGGCAAUCUACACGAUCAGAACAUGGUCGAUGACGGUGCUGGAGAACGUGCACUCCCUGGUGGGGCAGUCGGCCUCGCCGGAGUACCUCCAGAAGCUGACUUACCUGUGCUGGAACCACCACAAGGCCGUGCGGCAUAUCGACACAGUGCGCGCCUACACGUUUGGUUCCCACUACUUCGUGGAGGUGGACAUCGUGCUGCCGUCGAACAUGCCGCUGCGGGAGGCUCACGACAUCGGCGAGGCCCUGCAGGAGAAGCUGGAGCGCCUGCCAGAGAUCGAGCGCGCGUUCGUCCACCUCGACUACGAGUUCACCCACCGGCCCGAGCACGCCUUGUCCCACGAGAAAUAG